GUAAUAUAGAUUCCAGUAAGUCAUGCCUGCGCAGAAAGAAGACUGGGCAUGCGCAGACAAUAGCAAGUUCUCGUAUCAGUGAUAAGCACUUGUUACUGUACAGUUUUUAAGCAUGCUUUGAUGAUAUUUAGCUGCCUGAAUGUAAAUCCUACUUGAAAUUAGAUAUAGAAUAUUUUUAUCCAAACGAACGAUAUGGCAAUCUACAAUGAAUAUUCUGUGUUCAGAUACAUUGAAUUAGACGAUGCUAGAAACAUUGCGAAAUACGGAUCCAUUGUUCACAAGUCGAUUACAUACUUAGAUUUAAAUUUUGGUGAAUAUUCUACUUAUAAAAAAGAAAUGGCAGCUUUAAAAACUGAUUCGUCAAGAAAUUCUGAAGUUCGCUGUGAGCCAAAAGGAUUUACGAGAAACCAUGCGCUGCGUAGAAAAUCUGUGUGUCCUUCUUUAAAUUUGGAAUUGCCAUCUAAAUACACUUACCGUGUUCUACUGUACACUGAUAUGUGUUCAUGCUGUGUUGAAAGGGAUGACAAAAGCGUUUAUGUCGAUCGUUUUUACGUCGAUGAAAUCUGGUACAAAAGAACUUUUCAAAGGUUUGUAGUUCUGCAUGUUAAGCAAGCCGAAAGAAAAUUGGAUUCCUUAACAAAUUUUUUUGAGUUUAUUGACGAAGGAAGCUUUUAUGAAAGUGAAGAAGUUUUAAUUUUCCAUUACAUGAACAUUUUAUGCAUCGAAUGUUCUGAUAGAGUGAAAGGUGUUUUUAUUGUUAUGAAUAUUGUAGGAUAUGAAGAUGAUCCGGAAAUAGUGAACGAAUAUUUCAUCUAUCCAAAUUACAUUUCAAACGAAAACAGUUUACCUCAACACAUUGAUUUUGGCGAAGAUAUUGUAUGGUUGUUAAUACGUUUGGCAUUAUAUAGAUUCGUACCAUUUGUUUUGAAACAUGGAAUUUCUUCCACGUCUAAACAGAUAGAUCUUGAUAUAUGUGAUAAGAGAAGAAACGACAGAAGAAGGCAUAGUCUUAUGCAUGAUAUUCGUCGCUUGCUUUAUUUUCAUGAAAAAAGUUCACAAAAUCCGGAAAUAACCGGUUAUCAUCGGUUGAUCCAUCUUACAGGCGAAGCUUUGACUCUACUGUGGCGCUCCACCCCUGAUGUUCUUCUGAGUAAAAAUGAAAUCGAAUCUUUUUCCAGAAAACAAUGCUGUCCUUCAAUAAUGUCAGACGAAAAAUUUCUUAGGUUGUACGAGAAAAUAGUUGGCGUCAUUCCUUCCAAUACUACGCCAAGGUCAUUGACUCAUUACAGCCGUUUAAUCAUCCGAAAAGCCAUGGCUCUUAAUCUGCAGUUGCCGGAUGGAAUCAGCAAAGUAGACCUACCUCUAAAUCUAAAAUCAUUUUUGAAUCUAGAAUGCUAAAUAGUAUAUAUUCAAUCCGUUGUGUAAAGAGAGAAGAAAAUAUGAUCAAACACUUGUAAAUUAUUUUCAACAGCUUUUA